CCCUCCAAGUUCUACAUGCACGACACGUGUCACUCUCUAUUCUCUUUACAUUCCCUUCAUAAACCACCUUCAUCAUCAUCACCGCUCAAAUCCCAAAUUGUAACAUACUUUCAUCAAACACAAUUAUGAUGACAAAAAUAACUACCCUUUUGUUCUUAUUGCUCCUUGUUGGAGUAACCAUAACAAUGUCUGAAGAUGAAGAAAAAUCAUCAAGUAAAUUGUUCUUGAUGGAAAAUUCUAAGAGUGUUGUGAAAACUAAUGCAGGGGAAAUGAGGUUGUUUGUAAAUAAUGAUGAUAAGUUUUUGGAUAGGAGCAUGCACAUUGGUUUGAUUAAUAUGGAACCAAGAUCAUUGUUUGUGCCUCAAUAUCUUGACUCCAAUUUGAUCAUAUUUAUCCGUAGAGGGGUAGCAAAGUUGGGAUUCAUAUAUGGAGAUGAACUAGAGGAAAGGAGAAUACAAACAGGAGACAUAUAUGUAAUUCCAGCAGGUUCUGUAUUCUAUUUAGUGAAUAUAGGUGAAGGUCAGAGACUUCAUGUUAUUUGCAGCAUUGACCCCUCUACAAGCUUAGGUGACACUUUUCAGCCUUUCUAUAUUGGAGGAGAUAAUCAACAAUCAAUCCUUGGUGGAUUCGGACCGACUAUUCUUGAAACCACAUUUAAUGAAUCAAGAGCAAAGAUACAGAGAAUCUUCAAGAAGAAACAAGAUGGUCCAAUUGUGUUCAUUGAUGAUUCUCAUUCUCCAAGCCUAUGGACUAAAUUCCUUCAACUGAAGAAGCAAGCCAAAGUACAAAAACUCAAGACAUUGGUACAAAGCCAAGAUGAAGAUGAAGAGCAAAAGCAAACAAGUUGGUCAUGGAGGAAGCUCAUGGAAAGUGUAUUAGGAAAAGCUAACAACAUAGAGAACAAAGACAGAGCUGAUUCUCCUGACUCUUACAACCUUUAUGACAGAAAACCCGAUUUCAGAAAUGCUUAUGGUUGGAGCAGUACAUUGGAUGGUGGCGAUUAUUCUCCACUUAAAAUACCUGACAUCGGUGUUUUUCAUGUCAAUCUCACCGCGGGAUCUAUGAUGGCACCACAUGUGAAUCCAAGGGCAUCAGAGUAUAGCAUAGUAUUGAGAGUAAGAGUCCAAAUACUAUUUCCAAACGGAAGCAAUGCAAUGGAAACAGAAAUCAAAGUAGGAGACAUAUUCUACAUACCAAGAUACUUCCCUUUCUGUCAAAUAGCAUCAAGAAAUGGACCAUUAGAGUUCAUUGGAUUCACAACCUCAUCGGAAAAGAACAAUCCACAGUUUCUAGCAGGUGCUGCAUCACUUCUUAAGACUCUUUUAGGACCUGAACUUGCAGCAUCAUUUGGUGUGUCUGAAGACACACUCAGACAUGUUGUUGAUGCUCAACAUGAUGCUGUUAUACUUUCUUCAACAUGGGCUGCUCCUGGUGGCCCUGGCGGUGGCAGGGGCAAAAAAGAGGAAGAUGUUUUGCAUGUUGAAACUAAAGGUAUUGAAGAUGUUGUUAUGGAUGUUUUUGAAUAGGUUGUUUAACAGUUAAUAGAGUUGUUUAGUAGUGUUUGUAACACUUGUUGUUUGUUUUUCUUGGUUCAUAUGUGCUUUAUGUUAUUUAAUUAGUUGUGAACAAAAUUAAAUGUAAUUUCUUUGUCCAUGGAAUUUUGUGAUAUGGCUAAUUUACCUUCAAAUAAUUUCUUGGUAGGUUACCUCUUUGAUUCCUUCUUAGACUUUUGAAUGUUCUUUAGAUCUCAU